AUGGCGGGUGACGAAUACUCCGUCGGCGGCGGCAAGCUCAAGUUGAAGGGGAGCAAAGUUAGCGGGGGGCGGAAAUCGACAGUUGAAGGUGAUUCCGGUCGGGAUUCAACGCCGAUUGAGUCUCGAGUGGGGAAGCGUGAUGACUAUGACAAUGACGAUGAUGGUGAUAAGGUCGAGAGGGAGAUUGGGAGUGGGAAGACUGAGACUGAGAGGAAGUAUGAGGAGAUUCGGCGGAGACGGUUACAUGAACGACUUCAACGGGAAGGCGUCAAGACUCAUAAAGAAAAGGUUGAGGAACUGAAUAAGUAUCUCAGUCGCUUGAGUGAGCAUCAUGAUAUGCCCAAGAUUGGACCGGGUUAA